AUGUGUACACCAGGGGGCAGUGAUGCCACUCUGCUGUCUGUCUCACUGGGGCACACGCACACAGACACGCACACACAGACCGAAGCAUCAGAUAAGUUUAAAACACACCGCGACACUCAUUACACUGAAUCCCACCGCGAUACACCGCCAGCAUUACACCGAAUCCCACCGCGAUACACCGCCAGCAUUACACCGAAUCCCACCGCGAUACACCGCCAGCAUUACACCGAAUCCCACCGCGAUACACCGCCAGCAUUACACCGAAUCCCACCGCGAUACCCGCCAGCAUUACACCGAAUCCCGCCGCGAUACACCGCCAGCAUUACACCGAAUCCCACCGCGAUACACCGCCAGCAUUACACCGAAUCCCACCGCGAUACACCGCCAGCAUUACACCGAAUCCCACCGCGAUACACCGCCAGCAUUACACCGAAUCCCACCGCGAUACACCGCCAGCAUUACACCGAAUCCCACCGCGAUACACCGCCAGCAUUACACCGAAUCCCACCGCGAUACACCGCCAGCAUUACACCGAAUCCCGCCGCGAUACACCGCCAGCAUUACACCGAAUCCCGCCGCGAUACACCGCCAGCAUUACACCGAAUCCCGCCGCGAUACACCGCCAGCAUUACACCGAAUCCCGCCGCGAUACACCGCCAGCAUUACACCGAAUCCCGCCGCGAUACACCGCCAGCAUUACACCGAAUCCCGCCGCGAUACACCGCCAGCAUUACACCGAAUCCCGCCGCGAUACACCGCAGUCUGAGCAGAGUCUCCCUUCAGAAAGGACACAGUCUGAGCAGAGUCUCCCUUCAGAAAGGACACAGUCUGAGCAGAGUCUCCCUUCAGAAAGGACACAGUCUGAGCAGAGUCUCCCUUCAGAAAGGACACAGUCUGAGCAGAGUCUCCCUUCAGAAAGAAUACAGUCAAUACAGAAUACAGUACCUUCAAGGUAUCCUCCACGGAUAACCUUUGCUCUCACGCCAGUUCAGCUGUUUUUUUUAUUGAGGGUGAAAGAUUUAAUCAGAAACUAAUUAUUUUUGUUUCUAUGACGACGUCAUCAUAGAACACAGAGCUGCUGCAAGUCCCCCAGGAGUUUGAGAUUCCCAGAGUAAGAGCUCGGCUGCCCUCCCUGCAGCAUGGCUAAUAUUACUGUCAUUAGAAUAGGGAUUUCUGUCACCCAGGUAAUAGAAAUCUAUGUACAUGUGUUAUAGGCUGGCUUUGUUGUACAUUUGUACAGCUCAGGACACACAUUAAAUACCAGACUGCCUUCCCUGUGGGGCAAUCUGAUGCAACAGAUCAGAGACCCGCUGUAAUGGCAGCUCAGCCCAUUGCAGUGAAUGGAAAGGCAGGAGCUGGACUGGAACCUGCGCCCGCCCAGCGCUUCAAAAGAAUGAAGAGCAGACUCUGCUGGGGAGAGGAGAGUGCUGAGUUCAGUGUCAUGAACUCACCAGCCAAUAGGGGGAGCGCCAUUACACUGUGCCUCCAUUUCUGUAUAGCACUAUUAUUAUUAUUAUUAUUAUUAUUAUUAUUAUUAUUAUAUAUAUAUAUAUAUAUAUAUAUAUAUAUUUUAUAUGAGCAAUGUUUCUUUUUAAUUAGCCUUUUAAAAUGCUUCAUCUUUCUUUCUGUAUCUCAAGCUAUUUCCGUCACUGGAAGGCAAAUACGUUCGCUGUGCUCUUUAUUUUACUUCAGGUUACAAAGCCUUGGUCAGGAGCCCUGCCCAGACACUUGCUC